AUGUCACCAAACUUCUUUGGAUGCACAUUCACUUCCUCCAACCAUACUACUUGUUCAGACCCCUCUUCUGCUUGCCCUCUUGCUACAAGUCAGCUUGAUCUGGCCCACUACCUUCAAGGAAAUAGGUUAACUUGCAUUGUGGGAGCCCAGCUGGUCCAGUUCAGUGGGGUAACGUAUGUGGAUGGCCAGCUCGCUACUUACUACGACAGCCAGACGAGGCGGGCCCAGCCUCGCAUCUCAUGGAUGAAGAAUGUGGAGAAGUACUAUCCUCAGUUCUGGGAUAUAAACACUUGGAGAUUUCAGAGCAGUGAGCAGAGGUUCAGAAGGGACCUGGUGAAUCUGCAAAAACAUUACAACCAGACCAGAGGCUUUCACACCUGGCAGUUGGCGUGUGGCUGCGAGAUCCACGAAGACGGCCGGAGAGAAGGUUAUUGCCAGUACGGCUACGACGGGAAGGACUUCCUCUCCUUCGACAAGGAGACGCUCACCUGGACGGCAGCAGAUGUGCCGGCCCAGUUUACCAAGCGGAAGUGGGAGGUUGACGUCACUUGGUCUCGUCAUUUGAAGUUCUACCUGGAGGAGGAGUGCCCUGAUUGGCUGCCGAAACUCUUGGAGUGUGGAAAGGAGGAGCUGCUCAGGAAAGACCCUCCAACGGUGAAAGUUACACGCAUGGCAGGUCAGGAUGAGCUGGAAACUCUCAUCUGCCAGGCCUAUGGCUUCUACCCCAAGGAGAUCGACACCACCUGGAGGAAGGACAGGGAGGUCUUGGAGCAGGAGACUAUCCGCAGGGAUGUGGCACCCAACUCAGACGGGACGUACUACGCCUGGCUCAGCAUCCGGAUAGACCCCGAGGACAAGGACCACUACUGGUGCCACGUGGAGCAUGAUGGUGUUCUGGAGCCUCUAGACGUGGCUUUCAGGGAGCCUGGUUCCUCAUCUCAUUCCAUGGAUGGCAUGUACAGUGCAUUGUGGGAGCCCAGCCAAGGACUGGUCCAGUUCAGUGGGGUAACGUAUGUGGAUGGCCAGCUCGCUACUUACUACGACAGCCAGACGAGGCGGGCCCAGCCUCGCAUCUCAUGGAUGAAGAAUGUGGAGAAGUACUAUCCUCAGUUCUGGGAUAUAAACACUUGGAGAUUUCAGAGCAGCGAGCAGAGGUUCAGAAGGGACCUGCAGAAUCUGCAAAAACACUACAACCAGACCAGAGGCUUUCACACUUGGCAGUUGGCGUGUGGCUGCGAGAUCCACGAAGACGGCCGGAGAGAAGGUUAUUGCCAGUACGGCUAUGACGGGAAGGACUUCCUCUCCUUCGACAAGGAGACGCUCACCUGGACGUCAGCAGAUGUGCCGGCCCAGUUUACCAAGCGGAAGUGGGAGGUUGACGUCACUUGGUCUCAUCAUUUGAAGUUCUACCUGGAGGAGGAGUGCUCUGAUUGGCUGCCGAAACUCUUGGAGUGUGGAAAGGAGGAGCUGCAGAGGAAAGACCCUCCAACGGUGAAAGUUACACUCAUGGCAGGUCAUGAUGGGCUGGAAACUCUCAUCUGCCAGGCCUACGGCUUCUACCCCAAGGAGAUCGACACCACCUGGAGGAAGGACAGGGAGGUCUUGGAGCAGGAGACUAUCCGCAGGGAUGUGGCACCCAACUCAGACGGGACGUACUACGCCUGGCUCAGCAUCCGGAUAGACCCCGAGGACAAGGACCACUACUGGUGCCACGUAGAGCAUGAUGGUCUUCUGGAGCCUCUAGAUGUGGCUUUCAGGGAGCCUGAAUUUUCCCAGGGAUCGAUAUAA